UGUGUUGAUGUGUGUUUGUAGUGAUGUGAUUGUGUUCCUCUCGCCUGCAGACAGUCUGAUGAAGCUCCUCUGAAAGCGCUGAAGAUUCUGUCUCAGUCCACAGACUCGCUCAAUAAGAUGGGGAAAGUGAACGAGUCCACUGAGUCUCUCACCGAUGAAGGUGCAGAGCUGAUGGACGGUCACCUGAUGGCCGAGUUCGAGGCGGAGGUGAAGGAGCUGGAAGCCGAUUCCUGGAGCUUCACUGUGGACAAAAAAUAUCUGAAACAACUGAAAAAAGACGUCAUCAAGAGGCAGGACGUCAUCUAUGAGCUGAUCCAGACGGAGAUGCACCACUUGCGGACUCUGCGCAUCAUGGCUGACGUGUACAAUAAGGGUCUACAGAAGGAGGUGCAGGUGGAGGUUCAGACGUUGGAGAAGAUGUUUCCUGUGCUGGAGGAGCUGCUGGAGCUGCACACACUCUUCUUCACACACCUGCUGGAGAGACGGAGAGAGGCGCGAGAGGAGCAGAGAGGGAACGAGGGAGGGUUCAUCAUUCGCAGGAUCGGAGACGUGCUGCUCCAUCAGGUGACCGGCUCCAACGCUGAGAAGAUAAAGAAAGUUUAUGGGAAAUUCUGCAGUCGCCACAAUGAGGCUGUGAACAUCUACAAAGAGCUCCACACACGGGACAAACGCUUUCAGGCCUUCAUCAAGAAAAAGAUGAGCAGUGCUGUGGUGAGGAGGUUGAGUAUUCCUGAAUGUAUCCUGCUAGUCACACAGCGCAUCACCAAAUACCCCGUCCUGCUGCAGAGACUCCUUCAGCACACCCGAGAGCCGGAGGAGGAGCAGGAUGUAGCCGAGGCUCUGCGGCAGGUGAAGGAGGUGUUAACGGGAAUAGACUCCAAAGUAAACGAGUACGAGAAGAAGAGGAGGCUGAAGGAGGUGUACAGCCGCACAGACAACAAGUCCAUCAUGAGGAUGAAGAGCGGACAGAUGUUCGCCAGAGAGGAUUUGAUCAGGGGGAGAAAACUUUUACAUGAUGGACCACUGCAAGUCAAAAAUGCAGCCGGGCGACUAAAAGAUGUGCAAGCUUUGCUGCUGUCCGAUGUGUUUGUAUUCCUUCAGGAAAAAGAUCAGAAAUAUGUUUUCGCCUCACUGGAUCAGCGCAGCACAGUGAUCUCACUGCAGAAGCUGAUUGUGAGGGAGGUAGCGAAUGAGGAACGUGGGCUGUUCUUCAUCACAGCAGGUAUCGAGAAGCCUGAGAUGGUGGAGGUUCAUGCCAGCACCAAAGAAGAGAGGAACACAUGGAUGCAGCUCAUCCAGAACGCCACCACCUCCAUAGAGAAGGACGAGGAUGAAGGGAUCCCGAGUGAAAACGAGGAAGACAAGAGACUGCAGGAGAGCAAAGCAAAAGAGAUGAGAGAUCAACUGCAGAAGAGAGACGAGCAGAUUGUGACUCUGUUAGAGGAAAAAGUGCGUCUGUUCCACGAGUUGUGCGACUGCACCAAUCAGGACGAAGCCUCUGUCUGCAACAGGAUGUUGUUCAGGGCGACAGGUGAUGAUGUCACGAAAGGAGAGCCGAUCAUCAGAGAUGCUCUAAAGGAAGUUAAGAUGUUACAGGAGCUAGUAAACAGCAGUGUGGUGGGACAGCAGGUGUGUGUGGGACAGGAUGACUCGAGUGUGUGUGUGGGGUCUGUGAGUUUGCCGCGCAGAGCCGAGACGUUUGGGGGCUUCGACUGUCACCAGAUGAACAUCUCAAAGAAUGGAGAUCGUGAGGAAGCAGAUGAUCUGCGGAGAACAGAGUCAGACAGCGUUCUAAAGAAGGGGGGCACCGCUAACCUGCUGCUCUUACACAAGAGGAACAGUGAGCAGUUUCUCCUGAGUGUCACUCGUCUUCAUGACCUGCUGAACACCUUACAGGCUGUGGUGGUCCAGCAGGACACCUUCAUUGAGGAGCAGCGGCAGGCCCUGAGCUCACCGUCCCUCCGUCACCCCUCCAUCUCAUCCUCAUCCUCCAUCUCGUCCUUGUCGUCGUGUUCUUCUCGGCCGAGCUCUCUGAUGGAGCAGGAGAAGCAUCGUCAGGAGGAGAAGGUCCGGGAAGAGGAGAGGAGGAGGAGAGAGGAGGACGACAGAAAGAGGAGAGAGGAUGAGGAGGAGAGGAGGAGGCGGGAGGCGGAGCUUGCUCUGAGGGAGGAGAGACUCGUCGCCAUGGAGGAGGAGACGCAGAGGAGACAUGAGGAUCUUCAGCAGGAGCAGCAGGAACUCAGCAACAAGAAGGAGGAGUAUCAGAGAGACCUGCUGAGACUCCGAGAUGACCAGAGGAGACUGGAGAGAGAGAGAGAGCAGCUACACACACAGCUACACAAAACAGAGCAGGACUCGAUGGAACAGAGACCUCGCACCUCCUCCAAUGCUUCAGAAGACUUGCUGAUGUUCCUGAGCUCCGCCGAUUCACCUGAAGGUGUGGAGGUUUUCUCUCGCGCCGACUCCAAACGCAAAGCCAAGAACCUGAAUCUGAACCCGUUCUCUUCUGGCUCCGGACACAAGAGCGGCGCCGCUGAGCCUCACGGACAAAUCCCCAACUGCCUGCUUCAGCUCAAGAAACCCAGAGACAAGAAGGAGAAGAAGAAGAAGAAAGGAAAAGGAGGCCAGCAGAACCAGACUACAGAAUCCAUGGGUGCAGCAGCUCCAGAAACUUCAGCAGACAGAGACGUGUUUUUCUGCUGAUCUCACGCUCCGUUAUUUUCUCUCCAUCUUCCCAUAAUGCUGUGCGGCUCAGAUCGGAUCCUGAAAGGUCCAGCUAUUUACCACUGGGGGAAAAGUUCUCCACUUCUUCCUUUGCACACACACACACACACACACACACACACACACACACACACACACACACACACACACACACACACACACACACACACACACACACACA